GACAGUAUCUAGCAGAGACGCUGGUGCCUCCACAGAACAUCUCCCGAGCGCUGCCCAAGGCUGACCGAGGCGGGGCACCAAGACAGGGACUCCCACAUGGGCACAAGGUUGAGUCUUGCCUCCUGACCUGAUCCUCCUGGAGAAGUGACCCCCGAGACCCUGGGCACCGUGCAGCCUCUUUCUAUGACUCCAUCUGGAUUUGGCUGGCAGUGGGAACGAGCUCUGAGGGGCUGCCUGGGUCUCGGGGUGGUGGCAGCAGCCAGCUCUCCAGCCACCAUGGCCAAUGCCAGGAACUGAGGGGACGGUCGCUGCAGCCUCACGGGGAGCCCUCAGGACGCGAUGGAGAACAAAGCCAUGUACCUGCACGCCACCGUGAGCGACCGUGACUCUGGCUCCAUCUUUGAGGAGCCCUUUGAUGGCAGGAGCCUGUCCAAGCUGAACCUGUGCGAGGACGGUCCGUGCCACAAAGGACGGGCGGGUGGCUGCUGCACCCAGCUGGGCUCCCUGUCGGCCCUGAAGCAUGCAGUCCUUGGGCUCUACCUGCUGGUCUUCCUGAUUCUCGUGGGCAUCUUCAUCUUAGCAGUGUCCAGGCCCCGGAGCUCACCGGACGACCUGAAGGCGCUGACUCGGAACGUGAACCGGCUGAACGAGAGCUUCCGGGACUUGCAGCUGCGGCUGCUGCAGGCUCCGCUGCAGGCCGAGCUGAGCGAGCAGGUGUGGAAGGCGCAGGACGCGCUGCAGAACCAGACGGACUCGCUGCUGGCGCUGGCGGGCGCGGUGCAGCGGCUGGAGGGGGCGCUGUGGGGACUCCAGGCGCAGGCGACGCAGAGCGAGCAGGCGGUGGCUCUGCUGCGCGACCGCACGGCCCAGCAGAGCGACGCGGCGCAGCUGGAGCUCUACCAACUGCAGGUGGAGAGCAACCGCAGCCAGCUGAUGCUGCGGCGCCACGCCGGCCUGCUGGACGGGCUGGCGCGCCGGGUGGGCGCCCUGGGCGACGAGCUGGCCGACGUGGGCGGCGCCCUGCGCGGCCUCAACCUCAGCCUGUCCUACGACGUGGCCCUGCAGGGCACGCGGCUGCGGGACCUGCAGGUGUUGGUGAGCAACGCCAGCGAGGACGCGCGCCGCAUGCGCCUCGUGCACCGGAGCCUGGAGCUGCAGCUCAAGCAGGAGCUGGCCGUGCUCAACAGCGUCACCGAGGACCUGCGCCUCAAGGACUGGGAGCAUUCCAUCGCGCUGCGCAACAUCUCCCUGGCCAAAGGACCACCGGGCCCCAAAGGCGAUCAGGGGGAUGAAGGGAAAGAAGGCAAGCCUGGAACCCCUGGAUUACCUGGACUUCGAGGUCUGCCAGGGGAGAGAGGGACCCCAGGACUGCCCGGCCCCAAGGGCGACGAAGGGAAGCUGGGAGCCAUGGGACCGAUGGGCAUGCGUGGGUUCAAAGGUGACCGAGGCCCAAAAGGAGAGAAAGGAGAGAAAGGAGACAGAACAGGGGAUGCCAGUGGCAUGGAGGCCCUGAUGGUCCGGCUGGUGAAUGGCUCGGGCCCACACCAGGGCCGCGUGGAGGUGUACCAUGAGCGGCGCUGGGGCACCGUGUGCGAUGACGGCUGGGACAAGAAGGACGGAGACGUGGUGUGCCGCAUGCUGGGCUUCCCCAACGCCGAGGACGUGCACCGGACGGCUCAGUUCGGACAAGGCACAGGGAGGAUUUGGAUGGAUGAUGUCGCCUGCAAGGGCACGGAGGAGAGCAUCUUCCGCUGCAGCUUCUCCAAAUGGGGGGUGACAAACUGCGGACACGCUGAGGAUGCUGGAGUGACAUGCAAGAGACACUGACAGUGGGCACAGCCCAAGGUCCGGACCCAGCUGCCAAGCCUCCUUCCUGCAUUCCUGGGGUGGGGGCAUCGCUCGGGGCUCCCCUGACCCAUGCCUCCCCGCCCAGCACCCCCAGACCCCCGGAUUCCCAUCCCAGGACCCAUGGUGGCCUGCCAUCCUCCUCUCCUUGGACAUCUUUUCCAAAGCACAACUCUGGGAUCUACUGCCUGUCUCUCCCUUCCACCAGGGUUCCUGCAUGGAGCCCUGGUCAACUGGAUCGCCGUUUUGCCAAGUCUUCUAAAACACCAUGCGUCAGGCCUCCGUAUCCAUGCUCUCUGUGGUCUGUGAGUUACAGAUAAAUGUUGGCCACAAAUGCAUCCGUGAAGAUGGGAGGGAGGCAUCCCAGAUCGUUUACUCUGCAGAUUAUUCCCAAACCUCAGGCCAAGAGUUUUGACCAGCCAGAGACAAUACUGAGUGAUUCAUUUUCCCCCUUUACUCUGCCUCUGCACAGCGUUUGUUAGCUGGGGGAACUGACAUAGAGGAGAGGCCAGCUGUAGGAGCCAGAGGGAAAUGCGAGUCUCCUGCAGGAAGCAGUCUGGAUUCAGAGAAGAGGAGUGAAAGGAACAUUUAUUGAGUGACUGCCACGCGUGCUAUUACAUAGUAUCUUGGGUGCUAAAUUCGUUUAUCACUUUGCAGCAUUCCUAUAAGUCACGUUAGUGUGGGUACCACGUCACCGCCAGGUAGCAUUCAACUGACCCCUUCACCUGACCUAUUAGUCAGAUCGAGAAUGACUGAGACCACUGUUGCUACCUGAACUUUCCUGUGUCUUGGCCAGGCUCGAGCAAGAAGCUUGGGUGCAGGACGGGUGUGACUAGAAGGUUACAUACUCCAAACCGCACAGGGUGUGAGUUCAAGGUCAGACAGGACUGGCUCCUAGGGCAACCAUCCACACAGGAGGAAAGCUGAUUUGGAGGCGGACAUGGGGGCUGUCUGGGUUAAACCAAGAUCAGCCCUCAGGUAUCUGGCAGUCAGGGUUGAAGCUAUGUCACCUGUGUCUCGGAGCUCUUUGGAGGUGAUGAUAUGGAACAUUCCAGGCCUCUUUGGGUGUCAUCCUGUGGUCAGGAGAACACAUGUCCUGAUGGAGCCUAUAAGAGUGAAAGGAGGGGACUUCCCUGGUGGCGCAGUGGUUAAGACUCCGUGCUCCCAAUGCAGGGGGCCCGGGUUCGAUCCCUGGUCAGGGAACUAGAUCCCACAUGCAUGCCGCAACUAAGGAGCCCACGUGCCGCCACUAAGGAGCCGGCGAGCCGCAACUAAGGAGGCCACGAGCCUCAACUAAGGAGCCCGCCUGCCUCAACUGAGACCCACUGCAACCAAAUAAAUAAAUAUUAAAAGAAAAAAAAAAAGAUUGAAAGGAAAUGAGGAUUCCCUACAAUCUCUGGGAGAAGAAGAGGCCGUGGGCCUUUGCAAGUCCUCAAUCUGCACCCCUUUCCUAGUGAUGGGGAGAUCAUAUUCUGCUUUUGACACGAGGAGGAGGUCAGACUGGGCCAUAUAUGUGUUCUAGGCCUGGGGACCUACAUGGUAGCAAGUGAGCGCAGACCCUCCUCCCUUGAGGGAGACACAAACUCAGUCAGGCCUCAGAUACACAAUCACCUGUCCUAUCUGGUGAGCACCGCUUGCCUGGGGAAGGUGACAGCUGGGACCCUCUGGGUGUAAGACCAGCAAAGUUCCUGGCUGGCAACUGAACCAAUAUGUGCUAUUGGUUGUUCUUUGCGAGCCAUAUGCUUGUUAUUCAUUAAUGUCCCAACGAUCAGAGACUCUCCUUCUGACUAAUUGCUAUGUUUACAUAACACGCAUGUACUCAUGCAUCUUUUCCCAGAGCCAAUAUAUGUAUGCAUAUAUGAACACAGCACUCUUUACUAUAAAUAGCUCAGCACACCACAAAUUUUGCAUUAAAAAAGAAAAUACUCAAGGUGGAAAGAUGUCACGUUGAACGAUGUAAAUUCCCAAGUCCGUUCUGGCAAAGAAUCCAGUUAUCCUACCAACGCAGACCCACAUAACUUUCUUACUUGGUCUUUUCAUUCGGGAAAAUACAAGUCUUGCUUUACAUCAAAGAAAAACGACGGUGAUAAGUGUCUGAACCUUAAAAUAAAAGUCUACUAGUUUACAUUCCUACUUAAGAGGACAUGGAAAUAAAAUAACCAUGGACCUGUAUUUCAGGGACUAAAGGAAAUUAGGCCAGGCCUAAAAUACAUCAGACCUUCUAUAAGAAAGAAUUUCAAUAAAGCUAAAA